CUACGUCCGAGUCAUAAAGUGUUUGAUUAUAUUCUGGGAGAUAUUUUUGUCUCAGAUGGUUCGUGAAUAACAUUCAAGCUCUUUUUGUCGGUUUUCCAUGCUACUUUUGUCUAUUUACGAUACCCUAUUGUUGGCUAAAAUGGUUUAAAUAUCAGUGAUUUUCCAAAUACCCUUUUGGUAUGUACGUUCUGGGUGUUUCAGUUCUCGCAGAAUAACCGUUGUGAAAGUUCUAGUCUUCACUUUUUCAGUCCUUUUUUGCUUGUUCGAAACCUUUAUAUUACUGAUGUGGUGUUUUAAGAGAGGCAAUUACUGAAACCUAAUUUCCUUCCGAUGAAAAUGUGUGUCCUGUUGUUGUUCAAAGUAUAAAGGAAGCUGUCUUGGUCGUGUUCCUUAUAACUCGGUGAUUGGAUUCAUCUUAGUACUUGUUGGAGGUGGUGUAUUGUGUGGUACAAUUUAUUCUGGAAUAUCACGUAUCGAUACAUACUUUCGGUUGUAUUUUUUUCCUGUCUACUCUUUACCUUAUCUAAGAAUAGCUGCAGUUGUGAAUGGGGCAGUGGCCGUUCUACUCGCUUUUCUUAUACUAAUUUUCUCAACACUUGUGAAUAAUGCUACUCGUGGCCGCAUCUAUCGUGGUGAUCGCUACAUUAUGGGUGGGCGUUGUUCAGCAGCUCUGUUCAUGUGCACCACAUAUGUAACCAUAAUUGUAUGGUUAAUAUUUUUAGCAUUCCUUGUUGUCCCUACAUUUUGUUGGGCAAUGUUCAACUCGAUUUGUACUGCUGAGUUAGCUGAUGUUUGGCAUGGACCAGGUGCACGACGUCCUGGUCCUGAUGGCCGUGUUGCUCCUUCUUUGUCAGAGUUACGAGAUCGUAAAGAUUAUCUGGCGGAAACAUAUACAGCUCGUCUUGCCUACUAUUAUCAAAAUCUCAAUUUCGGCUAUAAUCCUUCUGAGUCUCAAAAUGGUUUCAGACCUCCUUUUGUUAAUCUGGGAAACUCACCCAAUCUACCAAAUUAUCACGCCAAUCGAUAUUAUUCUCCUGAUUUCAACUAUAUUUUUAACUUGACACAUUAUGGUGUUUAUAUUAAACCAUGGAUGUAUGAUGAGUCAUUGAAUUAUCGUGAAGCUAUUACUUCGCUGAAUGAAUUUGCAAGAUUUUGUGACGAAGUCAUGAUAGUGGGUCCACUUUUUGCUUGUUCACUUGGCGGUGCUGUUUUUGUUCUACUUGGUUUAACUCUAUUUGUUGGCUCAUUGUCAGCUUAUUAUACUCGAUUAAAAUUGACAAAAGAACUGACAGAUUUCAAACAGAGCAUUGCAUUGAGAUCACCCAAAAAUCAUGAUCCAUCAGCUUAUUUUUAA